UUUCCACGUCAAGUGUUGGGUUUUGAUCAAUUAAAGCAUUAGCUUGUCAUGAAUAUAAUUAGCCUUUUUUUAGGGAUAUAAAUAUAAAUGAUCUUCUCAAUUAAAUUUAGUUGAUAAAAAAGUUUCUUGUGUGAGUUAUAUCGCCAUGGCUUCAAUACCUUACAACUUAUUAGUUAUCUCUGGUGUAUCUGGACGUUAUCCUGAGGCUCAAUCUUUGGAACAAUUUUGGUUCAACCUAUUGAAUGGUGUUGAUGGUGGUACAAUAGAUAAUAGAAGAUGGCCAACUUCACUGCUAAAUGUACCUAAAAGGUUAGCCAAAGUUCCGAAUAUUGGCCUUUUUGAUGCAGAAUUUUUCAAAAUACCUACAGAAUCUGUUUCAAUCAUUUUACCAGCAAUUCGUGUUAUGCAUGAGGCUAUACACGAAAUGUUUAUUGAUGCUGGUUUCACCCCCGAUAGCUGGCGUGGUACGAAUACUGGUCUUUUUUCUGGUGUAAGUGAGAGUCACAGACCACAAUUUGAAGGAGUUCCUCUUGGUUUGAAUCAUCCUGAAAGCGUCAAUUGGUUACAUUAUGUGUUUGAUCUGAAAGGUCCAGCCAUCAACGUGGACACUGCAUGUGCUGCCGCUGCUUCAGCUUUCGAUAUUGCAGCGAGAAGCAUAUUGUUUGGUGAUUGUGAUCAAGCGAUUGUUCUUGCUCAUAAUCAUUGUCUUGUGCCAUUUGUCUCUCAUUGUUUCAGAUCAUUUGGAAUGACAAGUAUUGAUGGUAAGUCCAAAUGUUUAGAUACUAAUGCUAAUGGUUAUCUUAGAUCUGAAAGUAUUGUUGCGAUUUUAAUUCAACGUAAAUCUGAUGCCAAGAGAGUUUACGGCUCUCUAAUAAAUAUCGCUGUGAACAAUGAUGGAUUCACCAAAGAAGGAAUUACUUUUCCACGACUCGAAGGUCAGAUAGAUGUUCUUAAACGAUUAUUUAAAGAUGUGCAUUUAGAUCCAGUGGAUAUCGAUUAUGUUGAAGCGCAUGUAACGGGAACUGCAGUUGGAGAUCCAAUUGAAUGUAAGGCAUUGAUGGAAACAAUGAGACCCAAUUCAGAUAAACCUCUUCUUGUUGGUUGCCUCAAAUCAAAUAUUGGUCAUUCUGAAGGUUCUUCCGUUUUGAAUGCGAUCUCAAAAGUCGUUAAGAUUUUCCAAACUGGUGUAAUUCCUGCUAAUUUACAUUUCAAUGACCCAAAUCCAAAUAUCGAUGGGCUGAUUGCAGGUGUUAUAAAACCCAUUCUUGAAAAUACAAGAUUCGAUGGAGAUCAUAUUAUGAUAAAUUCGUUUGGGUUUGGUGGUGUCAACACUACCUUCAUUUUGCAAGCAAAUUCUAAAAGAAUCGAAAAGACUGAUCUAAUUUUAAGUUCCAAUAAAGUACCACGUUUAGUCAAUUUUUGCAAUCGAACUUAUGAAGGCUUGGAAACUAUUGUUAAUUUUAUUGAGGAGCAAAAAGGAUCGUUAACAAAAUACACGUUGGCACUUUUGGAUAACAUGAGUAAGAUCAAACCAUCAACAGGGUUUGAUCAUCGUGGAUAUUUAUUGUUGGAUCAUGAACAAACAAUCAUUCAUCAAACAUUGAAACAAAAUGUUUCAACUGAUGAAGUUUUUCCUUGGUUGGUAUUCACUCCAAUGUUUAAUGUCUCCUCACAAUCAUUUGUUCAACUGUUGGAAGCUCCUCUAAUUUAUUCAAGAAUAAGAUCUAUGCAAACCGAUCGCUUGAACUCAUUAGGAAUUGAUGUUAUCAAGAUUAUCCAAUCUAAUCAACAGGAUUUAAUUUCCUUUUUAAUUUCGUCAAUUGCGAUUCAAAUCGCUCUUUGUGAUUUACUAACUAAAUGUUUGGAAAUUAAACCGAAAGGUAUAAUUGGUCAUUCGAUUGGUUCAAUUGCUGCUUCUUAUGCUGAUGGAUGUAUAACUGAUGAAGAUGCUCUGUUAAUCGGUUAUCAUAUCGGUGUCGCUUGUAAACAAUUUAAAGGAAAAGGAGCAAUGGCUUAUGUUAAUUUAUCAUGGAAACAAAUUGAAGAGAUGAAAUUUGGUUGUAUCGAAUUAGCUUCAACUGAGUCAGGGGAUUGGACGUUGAUCACUGGUAUCAUAGAUGAAGUUAAACAGUUCAUCUCAAAAAUCGGACCUAAUAUCAAGACAAAUAUAAUUGAUACUAAAGGGAUUCCUUUUAAUUCAUCUCUCCUUGACGAAGUAUCAAAACCGCUUGAACCAGUAAUCAAUAAAUUUCUCAGACCAUUGAAGAUAAAUUCAAGAUUAACGACUAACUUUUGUGAAAACUUUAUCAAUUCUGAUCAAGAGCAUAUCAUUGAUGGACAUUUUUUCGUUUCCUGUAUCACAGAAUCAUGUAGUUUUAAUGAAAUAAUAGAAAAGACUGAUUCGAACUCUGUGUUAUUAGAAAUUGUUGCAAGUGUUGAGACGAGACAAUCAUCAAUAUUCUUAAUAAAUGAUCAAAAGACGUUGAAUAUUAGCAGCUAUUACAUGUAUAACCAAUCGAUUGUGCAUCUUUAUAAAAUGAUUGGUCAAAUUUAUCUUCGUGGUCUUAAUCCAAUGGUUACAAAUCUUUAUGAUCAAAUUGAAUAUCCAGUCCCAAGAGAAACUCAACACAUUGGUCAUCUGAUUAAAUGGAAGCAUGAAAAGGAAUGGUUUGAUGCUAAAUACAACAAGAUUUCUAAACAAGAAACUGAAUUUUCCAAAAUAAUUGAUCUUCACGACCCUUCCUGGUCAUUUCUUACUGGUCAUCAGAUGGAUGGAAUUUUGUUCCCAGCAACAGGCUAUCUUUAUGUCGCUUGGCAAAUGUUCAGAUUCUUCGAGCGACACAAUUCAUCAACCACAGGUCAAAUAAAAUUUGUUAUGAAAAUUAAUGAAAAUCUUGGAACUUUUCUCAUCUACGUAAAUGAGAGUAAAAAUGUUUGUUUAACUGGAAAAUACCAUCUUGUUGAUAAACCGACAAUAAACUUGCUGCCUGUUGAUUUUAAGAAUAUCAAAGAAAGUUCAGAUAUUAUACUUCAAAAGAAGGAUAUUUACAAGGAAUUUAGAAUUCGUGGUUAUGAUUAUUCAGGAUCAUUCCAAGGUGUAGAAGAAGCUUUUGAUAAUGGAAGGUGGGGGGUGGUCAAAGACACUGGACAUUGGAUUAGCUUUUCUGAUGCUUGUUUACAGAUUUCACUAUUGUCUUCGGAAUCUAGCAAGCUGACUGUUCCUGUUUACAUUGAUUAUGUUUACAUUUUUCCACCAGAAACAUUCAGUGCCUUUAACGAUGAAACUUUCAAAUCAUCUUCUAUUAAUAUUAACAAACUUAGGUUUUACUACAAUCCAGAUGUGGGAAUAGGACUCACGAACGGGUUUAUUCUUAAAGGAUUAGAAGACGAAGAGAUCAAAAGAAAGAUCAAUACUGUGAACCACCAAAUACGAAACCAUAAUCUAAUCCCAUUUAAUUCGUAUCAUAAGCUUAGCAAUGAAAAAGCAAUGAGACAACAAGAGUACAGUUUCCAAUGCAUGAAAUUGAUUGAGAAUAUCGAGAGAUUGAAAUCAAAACAACUUAAUCCAAUAGAUUGUAAUAAUCUUAAGCCUGAUAUCAAUGAAAAUGGGAAUUCUGAUAGAGCUUUUAGACGAAUUUUGAACCAGAUUUUAGAAUUGGAGAUACAACAAUACAAAAUUCCAAUGGAUGGUGUAGAUUUCAACUCGAAUUUAGAUAAUGUUCUCAACCAAUAUCAUGAUGCUCUGUACCAAGAUUUUUUCUUUUAUGAGCCAGAAAAAGUUUUACUUGAACAAACUCUGAGCAUUGCAAGAUACAAUUUAAUCAAGAAAAAAAUAUCAAUUGCAUUUUGUAAUUUCAGUCAAAAACUAUUUGAAAACGAGGUUAAUAGCAUUUUUAAUUAUUAUGGAAUAAUUACUACUAAUCAUUUUAUAAAGAGUGAUUUUAGUUCCAUUUCAGUUUAUAUUCAGAAUCGAAAAACCGAAAACGGUUCAGAAUCAAAUCUAUACGAUUUUGUUUUUAUUCGUGACAAGUCAGCUCUUCUCAUGUACAAAGAUACCGAACCUGAAGUAAAAUGCAAUCAAUACGAGCCAUUAUUGAAGAAUCUCUUUGAUUCACUGAAAGAAGGUGGAUUUUGUCAAAUUAUGACGAGAACUAAAUUAAGACCAGUCGAACAAGAAUGUAUAGCAACCGAUGCUGGACUCACGUGGAUUUGUCACAAGGAGAUGAUCGAUGAAGGAUAUUGUUCAGUUCUACUGAGACGUCCAUUCGCACCUAAUCCAGAUCAACAGGUAACAUUUAUCAGAGUCAAACUUGAUAGCAAUUAUGAUUGGAUUGAUAAGAUAAAAGAAUUGUCUAAAGAUAAGAAUCAUAAAAUCUGGUUAACUGGAGGUGGUUAUGAUAAUGGGAUAGUUGGACUCACUAUGUCUCUGGUUAAAGAUCCUCAAUACAAUUUGAGAUGUUAUUAUGAUCCAAGAAAAAGAGAUGAUGAAGAGAUAAUUGUCCCUGAUGAAGUGAUGCAAAGAGAUUUGUUAGUAAAUGAAGUUGAUGAUAACGGAGAAAUUGGAUUGUAUAAAAGUGAACUUGCCAAUCUUGAUGAUUUACAAAUAGGAACAACGUCAUGUUAUGCUGAUAUUAAAACAAAGGUGAUCUCAAGUUUACGUUGGUUCCAAUCACAUCAUAGUAAUUGGACUUAUAUUCCUAAAGACAAGCUCAUUGAAGAUCGUGAAAAGAUAACUAUCUAUUAUGGGUCUUUGAAUUUCAGGGAUGUUCUAAUUGUCACAGGAAGAAUUACUACAAAAUUUGACAACCGCGAGCUACAAGCUGGCCCGCUAAUUGGAACCGAGUUUUCUGGGGUAGAUUCAUUAGGUAAUCGAAUCAUGGGGAUGUGUGAAGCUGGAGGAAUUGGAACAUCUCUUUGCACUAAAACUUAUUUAACAAAGAUUCCAGUUCCUGAACACUGGACAUUAGCCGAAGCUGCUACAGUUCCUGUUGUCUAUCUAACAGCUUAUUAUGGUUUAAUUUCUCGGGGAAAUUUACAAUCUGGUGAAAGUGUUUUAAUUCAUGCAGGUUCAGGAGGAGUUGGUCAAGCAGCUAUUUCGAUCUGUCUAUCAAGAGGUUGUCAAGUAUUUACUACAGUUGGAACACAAGAGAAAAAGGACUUCAUUAAGAAACGUUUCCCUUCAAUCGAUGAUGAUCAUAUUGGUGACUCUCGAUCAACAUCAUUUGAAGAUAUGAUUAUGAAGAUGACCGAUGGUAGAGGUGUUGAUUUAGUUUUAAACUCACUUUCUGAUGAUAAACUAAAAGCUUCAAUCAGAUGCUUAUCAGAUUUCGGUCGCUUCAUCGAAAUUGGCAAAUAUGAUAUGAUCCAAAAUAAUCAAAUUGAUUCACAAUUCAUAGAUUUCAACAAAACUUUUCAUGCUUGUUGCUUGAUGUUUCUACAAGAUGAUGUGUUCGUCAAGAUGAUUCCUGAUCGGAUAAAAGUUUGGAAUGGUCUCAUUGAGAUGUUGAAAGAAGGAAUCGAAUCAGGUGAGGUUGUGCCUCUUCCAACAACGAUAUUCCAAAUGAAUCAGCUUGAAGAGUCGUUUCGGUUUAUGGCAACAGGGAAACAUAUUGGUAAAGUUUUGAUUCAAAUGAGAGAUGAAAAUGAAGAUCCAAAUAAAGUUAAACUUUAUCGUUCAAUUGGUCAAACAUUUUUCAAUCUUGAAAAAAGUUACAUAAUAACUGGUGGACUUGGAGGAUUAGGACUCGAAAUUGCCUAUUGGAUGGUAUCAAGAGGAGCGACUAAUCUAACUCUUACUUCACGUUCUGGAAUCAAGACAAAAUACCAAGAGUAUAUUUUAGAAAGAAUGAGAAACAAUCGUUACUCUCGGAUGAAUAUUAUCGUCUCAAAUGAAGAUUGUUAUACAUAUGAAUCAACUGAGAGGCUAAUUAAUCAAGCACAAGAAUUAGGCCAAAUCGGUGGAGUAUUUCAUCUUUCAGUUGUUCUAAAAGACGGACUUUUUGAGAAGCAAACAGCUGAAACAUUUGAUGAAGCUGCCAAACCAAAAGCGAUCGCUUGUCGUUAUUUAGAUCAACUAACUCGAUCUCUACCCUACGAUAUUGAUUACUUCGUAUGCUUUUCUUCAAUAGCAGUUGAGCUCGGAAGUAUUGCCCAGACAAAUUAUUGUUUCGGUAAUACAGCGAUGGAAAAUAUUUGUAAGAGAAGAAGAUUAGAUGGAUUACAUGGUUUGGCUAUUCGAUGGGGAGCAGUUGGGGAUGUUGGUAUAAUUACAGAGAUGAAUUCACCAUCCAAUGAGAUGUUGAGAUCCCUUGCUCCGAUGCGUUUGAAUUUAGUAUUGGACUCACUUGACAAAACUUUAUGUUCCUUUGGUAAUAAUCAUCUUAUCACCAUAGUUUCCUUGCCUGAUAACAAAAGUGCAUCAUCAAUAGGGAAUAAUUACUCAUUGAAACAGAAAAUUUUUCAUAUCCUUAGUGUUAAAGAUGCAACUAAAGUUGACCCACAAUCAACUUUAUCUGAACUUGGUCUUGAUUCAUUGAUGGCAGUUGAAAUCAAACAAGCUCUGGACACUGAUUACGAUUAUUCAAUGACAACCAAUGAAAUUCGAGAAUUGAAAGUUGGUGAAUUAGAUGAACUUGAAAAGAAAUUAAAAAAAUCAGAGAAGAAAAAAAUCAAAUCUGCUCAUUCAUUAACUGGAUACAGAAAUAUUUUCCAUAUUUAUACGCAAUUGUUUGUCCCAUUGAAUCAAAGUGAAUUUGGAUCAUCAUACUUUUAUUUCCCUACUCAAUCAGGUCAAUUCCGUGCCGUUAUUCCAAUAUUUGAAUCAUUCUCAAAACCAGUGAUCGGCAUCAGUUGGACCAAAGACUGUCAGAAUCUCGAAUCAAUGGAUGAAGUUGUUAACUUUUAUGUAGAUUCACUUACAACCAAAUAUCCAAAUGAGAAAACAUUUAAUCUCAUUGGUUACUCACUUGGUGGAGUGAUUGCCUUAAAAGUGGCCAUUGGCUUACAAAAGAAAUUGAGUCAAAAUUCGGUUAGAAAUCUCAUCAUGAUGGAUUCAGCGCCCGAGAUAGUUUACAACAAAAUGAGAAACGCUUCUAAAGAAUAUGAAGGAAAAGAUGAAAGCACCAUUUUA